AUGCUCCAAGAUACGCGCGGCUGGCUGCUCGCCCAGCUCCGGGCAGCCAAGCCCUCUUUCAUAUCCAAGAAGCCGCACUUCAACUUCAUCUCGGCUCACUACUUUUGGAUUUGCGGCCUCACUGUGCUGGGCUCAAUCCUGAUUUAUGCCUCCGCUGGCGGCCAGAUGCCCUACAUCGACGCCCUCUUCUUCGCCAGUGGCGCCAACACCCAGGCCGGCCUCAACACCAUUGACGUCAACCUGCUGAACACGUUUCAGCAAAUAUGCCUGUAUUUUUUCACCAUGACGUCUAACCCCAUCACCAUUCACUCCUCGGUCGUCUUCCUGCGGCUGUACUGGUUCGAAAAGCGAUUCCAGGGCGUCGUCCGCGAAGCUCGUCAACGGAGGAACACCAUGUCCAAGUCCAAGUCCAGGGCGAGGGACGAGUUGAGCCAGGCCGAGAGGGGCCGUCUGAGCGUGCGCAAUAUCAAGGUCAUGCACACGAAUGGCCACCGCUCCAGGAUGACCAACGAUGGCAUCCUGCUCGACAUGAAGGAGGGCGAGGACGGUCGCAUAUCGCCGGGGAGCAACGGCUUCGUUCCCAUCACCAUCACGCCGGCACAGCACUCUCCCAGAGACCAGACGCCGGACAGCGCCUCGGAGCACAACGACGACGCCCACAGUACGGAUGUGUCGCAAGGCCGGAUCACCUUUGCUCAGCAUGUCUUCCGAAGCGACGGGACGGAACCGGAAGUCAAGCUCCCGCCGCCUCAUUCUCCUGCCCACUUGGCCAUCCUCGAGCGCCAACGAAACGGUCCUGAAGAGACGUUGCGCAUCCCGAACCCCCGGGAUGCCGAGAGGGGCAUGAAGCCCAAGCGGGUCGAGGACGACGCUGCCCCGGAGCCCGAGGACGAAAGGAGUAACAGCGUUCCGCAUACCAAUGCUGCGACUGGCGGAGCGAAUGACUUGCCGGAUGCCGUCGGCGGCAAUGGAGGCCGACGGCCAACGAUCAAGAUCGCCGAACCUGAACGUCCGAGGGAGCCCGAAAGAAGCGUCAAGGAUGAGAUUGCGGAGGAGGCCGAGGUGAUUGGUAGAACAAUCUUCCCUUUCGCGCUGCGCAAGCCGAGGCUCUUUCAAAAGGACGACAAGAAGACACACGAAGACGGCGACGGCGCCCCUGAAAAUCCCAUCGCCAGGGUCAGGAGCCGUACCUUUGAUACCAUCAGGACCGCACUGACCCGCGAUAAAGUCGAGGACAUGCCGUACCUGAGUUUCACGCCCACGAUGGGCCGCAACUCCGCCUUUCCUGGCUUGACGCUGGAGCAACGCGAGGAACUGGGAGGUAUCGAAUACCGGUCGCUGAGGACACUCGCCGUGAUCCUGCUGUGCUACUUCUGGGGAUUCUCAAUCUUCGCCAUCACUUGCUUCCUCCCGUGGAUCUACACCAGCUCCAACGCCAAGUACGCCAACGUAGUCGAGUCGGCCGGCGUCAGCAAGGCUUGGUGGGGGAUAUUCACGGCGAACUCGGCGUUCAACGACCUGGGUCUCACCCUUACGCCUGACAGCAUGAACUCGUUCAACGACGCGUCGUUCAUCCUGAUGAUCAUGUCGUUCUUGAUCAUCAUCGGCAACACCGGCUUUCCCAUUAUGCUCCGCGUCGUCAUCUGGAUAUUGUCCAAAAUUGUACCAAAGCGUACCGGACUGUGGGAGGAACUACGCUUCCUCCUGGACCAUCCCCGUCGCUGUUUUACUCUGUUGUUCCCAGCAGGUGCUACCUGGUGGCUCUUUAUCAUUCUCAUCGGUCUGAACGUGCUCGACCUGCUGUUCUUCGUCUUGCUGGAUCUGAACGAUAAUGCCGUGAGCCACCUGCCGGUGCACGUCCGCAUCGUGGACGGCAUCUUCCAGGCUGCGUCCACCAGAACGGCGGGUUUCUCGGUUGUCAACAUUUCGCUGCUGCACCCUGCCGUGCAGGUUUCGUACAUGAUCAUGAUGUACAUUUCAGUCUUUCCGAUUGCCAUCUCGAUCCGUCGCACCAACGUGUACGAAGAGAAGUCUCUCGGCGUGUACCACAGCCCCGACGAAGACAUGGAAGGUACCAACGAGAACAGCGCCUGGUCUUACGUCGGCACCCAUUUGCGGCGCCAGCUGUCGUUCGAUUUGUGGUAUGUGUUUUUGGGCCUCUUCAUCCUGGCCAUCACGGAAGGCCACCGGAUUCAGAAGAAUGACUUCGACGUCUACUCCGUCCUGUUCGAGAUCGUGAGUGCAUACGGCACGGUUGGACUCAGUCUGGGGUACCCCAACGUCAACGCCUCGCUCUGCUCGCAGUUCACCACCGGGGGCAAGCUGAUCAUCAUUGCGAUGCAAAUCCGCGGACGACACCGUGGUUUGCCUUACGGCCUCGAUCGUGCGGUUCUCUUGCCUAGCGAGUCUCGAUUCGAGAAAGAGGCCGAGGAGGCGCAGCCAGUCCUGGUCCGAUCUGCUACUGCCGCGUCGACUGGAACAGCGCUCAGCGCGACUCGAUCCAAUUUGCGAUCAAGAAGAAUGAGCACAAACAGGGGUCAAGGAAAUCUCAUCACCCAGUUCCUUCACCCAGGACCCAUGAUUCCUCACGAGGAUAGCCUCACGAACCUGUCGAGACGAAGCAGGUCGUUUGGCACCGAUGACCAUCCUCAGAUGGGCAACAACAUGAGACGGCGCAACACCGAGCCGGUGGAGGACGACACCACGUCUAGUGACAGCGAGACGGCGGCUCCUCCCCGGAGGGUCUUUACCACGCCGGCACGCUAG